AUGCACCUAAACCAGAUCACUACCAGCAAAUUCGUUAACUAUCUUCGGCCAUUUUGCUUAGCUCACAGCCUGGCAAGCAAUGUCAGCACAUGCAUCAGUCUACUUGUGAGCGAGACAAUACCCUGGGCCGCCGCUGAGGUAGCUGGUAUGUUACCGGUUGAGGCGACUGAAUCAAAAGCACCAAAGCGGUUAUUAUCAGGUGGAUUGGAGACAGUCACUGAUCGUAUCAGCUCCAAUCAAUACUUGAAUGGUCAAAUGACAGGGACCAGAUUAACAACGUUAUAUGAAACGAAGGCUCUACUAGCUAAAGAAAUAGGUAAAUUUAUGCAUAUUUGGUUUGGCCCACUUGCAUUGGACCUUUAA